AUGAAAUUGAUCAUCGUGUUAGCCGCCAUUGCUCUGGCUCAAGCCGACAAGCUAGACAAUGUAUACCUCCCCCCUAACGCACAUUCUGGAUCAUCUGGAGGAUAUCCGUCGGGAGGUUUCCGAGGUGGUGCCCAGCGCUCAGGAUCUGCAAGUUCAGGCUCUAGCGCUGACAAGACAGCUACUAUCCUUCGCCAAGACUUUACACUUGAAGGAGGCUCUUACUCUUACGCCUAUGAUACUUCCAAUGGAAUUCAUGGCGAAGAAAAAGGCGUAGCCACAAAUGGUGUCCAAGCUCAGGGUGGCUUUUCCUACACUGGGGAUGAUGGAAAAACUUAUGCUAUUUGGUAUACUGCUGACGAGAACGGUUUCCGACCUGUAGGAGACCAUCUCCCUACUCCUCCUCCCAUUCCUAAGGAGAUCCUCAAGGCUCUUGAACAGAAUGCUCGCGAUGAAGCCGCUGGAAAGAAAGAUGAUGGUUCUUACUCCGGUGGCAGCCAACACUCCGGCUACAACAAUAACGCCCAGUCACACAGCCGCGGCGCAAACGUACAGAAGUCUUAUCUUCCUCCUUCAGCGUAA